AUGCCUGGCCCGCCAUCGGAACUAAUGUUUGUCAUUACUAGUGUUUUAACCCUACCUUUUCACUCCACCUGCGGGGGUCUCAUUACUCCAACACAUGGUGCUGUUUCCGACUCCCCAGGUCCUCUGGACCCCACCUUCUGCCUGACAGACCAGACUUCUUCCCGGGUGCAGCUGAGCCUGUCUCCACCAGGACCCACCACAGCCAGACCUCCAGACUUCCCUAAAUCCAGGUUAUUACUGUUACCAGGAUCCACAGGAACUGAUGCGGAAACAACGAGACUACAGACAGAAGCCUCAGAGACAGCCCUGCUGACAGCACCUUCCCAGCUCCCAGAGGCCUGUCCGCCCCAUGGUUCCCUGCACGACUUCAAAGCCUCUUUCUUCCUGUCUUCCCCUGAAGAGGCCUAUCUGAACGACUUAGAUAAUUCAACUCAGCUCAAAUUUAAAAACAUAUAUCCCUAUCUGGCCAUCCAAGAUGCCGAAAGUAAGGCUAAGGGGAAGAAGGUGGCCCCUGACCCUGCUGUCAUCAAGAAGGACAAGAAGGUGGCCAACCCCUUGUUUGAGAAAAGGCCCAAGAGUUUUGGCAUCAGACAGGACAUCCAGCCCAAAAGGGACCUCACCCACUUCAGCAAAUGGCCCCACCACACCCAGCUGCAGCGGCAGAGGGCUAUUCUCCAUAAAGGCCUAAAAGUGCCUCCUGCAACUACCCAGUUCAGCCAGGCCUUGCACCACCUCACAGACCAGAGCAGAGAGAAGAAGCAGAGAUUGUUGGCCCGGGCUGAGAAGAAAGCUACAGGCAAAGGAGAUGUCCCCACUAAGAGGCUGCCGGUCCUUCAAGCUGGGGUUAACACUGUCACCGCCUUGAUGGAAAACAAUAUUGCACACAAUGUGGACACUGAGCUGGCUGUCCUCUUGCCUGCCCUAUGUCAUAAGAUGGGGGUUCCCUACUGUGUUAUCCAGGGGAAAGCCAGGCUGGGGUGUCUGAUCCACGGGAAGACCUGGACGACUGUAGCCUUCACACAGGUUAACUUGGAAGACAAAGGAGCUCUGGCUAAGCUGGUGGAAGCCAUCAGGAUCAAUGACAAUGAAGGUUAUGAUGAGAUUCACAGUCACUGGAAAGGCAACGUCCUGGGUCCAAAGUCAGUGGCUCACAUUGCCAAGUUGAGAAAGGCAAAGGCUAAAGAACUGGCCACCAAACUGGACUAA